GGGGCCGGACCGUUGCUAGGGGGGGGGGUGUGUGUGUGUGUGUGUGAUGGCGGCGACGCCUCCCCUCGUCCCCUCCCCCCUCCCCCGGCGUUGGGUUGUGAUGCUAGGCCUGGCCGUCGCUUGCGGCCUGGCGGCGUUGGCUCUCGGUGCGCUCACCUUGCUCGUCUUGGGCUGCCCGCGCUGGGGGCUCCGCCGCUGGUCCGCCGCUCGCAGCCGCUUCAUGGCUCGGACCGAGAAGCCGCUCUUCAGGAUCGCAUACUCGCUAUACGCAAAGACCAGACUGGGCUACCUAUUUCACAAAAAGCUGUUGAAGCGGACCAGAGAGCUUUAUCCCACAGGCCACUCGAUCGUGUGUCCUAUGAUCAUUAAUGGUUUGAAAAUCCUUCCAGUCCCGAUUCUGUCUGACAAUUACAGCUACCUGAUCAUAGAUGUGGCCUCAAGCCUUGCUGUCGCCAUUGACCCUGCAGAUCCAGAAGUCAUCCAGUCAUGUCUCGAGGAAGAGGGAGCAUCUUUGGCAGCAAUUCUCACAACGCACAAGCACUGGGAUCAUAGUGGUGGAAACAAAGUACUGAAGAAAAUCCACAAAACCUGCAGAAUUUAUGGUUCCACCACAGAUAACAUCCCUGCCCUCACAGACCCCAUUAUGGACAAGGAGACGAUUGAAGUGGGCAACCUGCGGUUUCAGGCUCUCUUCACGCCCGGCCACACCGUGGGUCACAUGAUCUACGUCCUGGACGGGGAGCCGUACAACAGUCCCGCCUGCCUCUUCUCCGGAGAUCUGGUCUUCCUCUCCGGCUGUGGUCGGAUCUUCGAAGGCAGCGCGUCGCUGAUGCUGUCGUCGCUGGAUGUCGUGGGCACCUUGGGGGACGAGACAUUGCUCUGGCCAGGACACGAGUAUGCCCAGGAUAAUCUGAUGUUUGCAGCUUCCGUGGAACCGAACAACUCUGCCAUCUUCACAAAGCUGGAAUGGGUUCUGCAGCAGAGGCACCUGAACCAAUGCACGUGCCCAUCGACGAUCGGCGAGGAGAAAGAAUACAACCCGUUCCUGCGGACCCACUCCACCAUCCUGCACGACGCUCUCGGGGUGGAGCGGGAGCCCAGCGAAGACUUGACGCUCUUCAGGUCACGCGUUCUGCAAGAGGUCCGGAAGCGUAAAGAGAUUUUCAAUUGUAGAUAGCGUUCCAAACCUUCCCGGAGAAACGGGCUCUUCUCUGCCUUCCCUCCACCUCUCCUGCCCUCGUUACACCCCCCCCCCCCCCCCCCCAUACACUUGCCCUCCCUCCCUCUGUACACGAGAUGUUCAUCAGGCCAUAAGUUCUCGGAACAGAAUUAGGCCAUUCAGCCCAUCAAGUCUACUCCGCCAUUCAAUCGUGGCUGAUCUAUCCAUCUCUCUCCCUCCUGACCCCAUUCUCCUGCCUUCUCCCCAUAACCCCCUGGUACCCGCACUAAUCCAGAAACGUAAUUAGUUUUGCAACAUGCAACCGAUCGGUGGGGUGGGGGGGGGGGACGUGAGGGGAAGAACAUUCCGGUACUUUUGCAUGGAAACUUCAAGACAUUCUAUCUUUUCACAAUGUUGGCACUGGCGUUUGUUUGAAUGGGAAAUCUUUUUGCAGCUGUAUAGUUCCCCCGAGUGGAAAUAUUCCAACAGAUCUUGGUACUGUAAUGACUGAAAAAUGUGUGUUUGGAAACCGAGUGCGCCUGAAUAAGAUAUGGACCUUACGAGUUGCUGCUCAAUGUAUUUUUCACAAAACCUCGUGGGCCGCGUGUGUAAGAUGCUCUCCCUUUAUUUAUAGAUCAUGAAAAACAAACAUAUCUGCGUGAAGUCACGAGGAAUAUAUUGUAAAUGAUGCUGUUACCACUAAAAGUUCAAAUACAAGAAGCGCACCAAUGUU